AUGGCGUCUACAACGACGAAUCCGUCAACUUUGUUACCGCUGGAGUUGGUAGACAAAUGUAUUGGAUCAAGGAUAUGGGUUAUCAUGAAAGGAGAAAAAGAGAUUGUUGGUACAUUAAUGGGAUUUGAUGACUACGUGAACAUGGUUUUGGAAGAUGUGGUUGAGUACGAGCAAACCGCAGACGGAAAACGAGUAACGAAACUCGAUACCAUCUUACUAAAUGGAAAUCACAUUACAAUGCUUGUACCAGGUGGUGAAGGACCAGAGGUUUAG